AGUUGCUUAGUUGCCUUCCAUCUGUAAGCAUCAUCAACUUUUAAUUUGUGAUACAUAAAAUCUAAUUUCAUAAUGUUGAGACUACUUUGGAUUAUCUCUCUAUUUAUUUCUGCUUCAUUAUGUUGGCCAGCUAAAUUUAUGGAUAGUGAUCACUUAGUAAAGUUAAAUGGAAGAAUUUCAGGUGGAACUCAAGCUGUCCGUUAUCAGUUUCCUUAUCAAGUCAUUUUCUUUGUAUAUACAAAAGAUGGUCAAUCGAUAUGUGGAGGAUCAAUUUUGUCGACACAUUUUUCCCUUUCUGCAGCACACUGCUUUAGUGGAUUUUCAUCAGCCGAUAUACUUGCUGGAAUCAUUGAUAUCGUAAAUGACGAUCCGCCAUAUGAGCUAGAAAUUUUUCCUUCAGAUGUAAUAGUUCAUUCUAAAUAUAACAGCGUUACAAAUUUGAAUGAUAUUGCCAUCGUAAAAACCUCACGAAAACCGAUAUCAUUCAAUUCAGCAAUACAACCAAUCGCUCUGCCGGCAAGAUCGAUGGCUAAUAUAGACUUGACAAAUACGAUAGGAUUAGUUGCUGGAUGGGGAAAAGUUAAUGACGCAAGUGUAGAUAUUUCUACAAAAUUAUUAUACAUCAACGCUCCUAUUAUCAGCAAUGCCGAAUGUACAAAAACAUAUGGACCCAUUAUAACCACAAGUAAUAUAUGUUUAAGUGGAGCUAACGGUCGAUCUACGUGUCGAGGCGACAGUGGUGGUCCCUUGACUAUAACAAGUGGUGGAAGACAAGUUCAAGUAGGGAUCGUGAGUUUUGGAAGUGACAACGGGUGCCAAAGAGGUUACCCAACUGGCUUUGCACGAGUUUCUAGCUUCCUUGAUUGGAUCCAAAGUAACACGGGGAUAAUAAUUUCUUAAAAGCAUCAAAAUUGUGAAAGGGCUUUGUAUUGUCAAAUUAUUAUUCUGACAUUUUAUUAAAUUUAAAAAUAAAAAAGAAAUUUUCUUUAUUAGCAAUUAGCUUGUGGUUAAAUACAACACAGCUUCAGAAAUUGUGAAUAAAACAUAAUUUGAGUGUGUCU